GAGAUAUGUACAAUCGCUACAGAACUCCCCUCUGGAGCGUGAGUCAAUGAGACGAAAGCUCGAUACUUGUAUAUCAUUUAUCGUAGUUUGGAAGGGAGAAGAACUGUACGUCCGAAGCGUGUUCGGUGAUGCGAGUUCGAGUUUGUGUCGUGAGAUGCUUGGGGUGCAGAAGAGGGAACAGAGGUGUCACACAUGAACUGGGUAGGAGGCGUACUUGGGAAGGUCGGCUGGUCGGUGACGGGAAUGUCCGCGGAUUUCGGUACUGGUCGCGUCACGAUGUAAGCCGGCUUCCAGCGGUCAAUACUCACAGUAUCCUGAUAACCAUUUCUAUCCAGCAUGAAGUACUUCUCUUUCCGAGCAACAACCUUCAAGGGACCGACGUAAGGCGGUGUCAGAGGUUUACGGACGGAAUCGAUACGCCUGAGAAGGAAGGGGCAAGUGCCCAUAUCGGUGUGUACCCGUUGAAUCCGAGGAUUGAUUCGAGGUGGCGUUGGACGAAUUGAACUAAAGUGUUGUUUCAGGCGUGUGACGUACGACGUCGGAUCAACUUCUUCAGUAACCAUUGAGUCUAGCCACAUUUCUCCAGGAAGUCUGACAGUAGUGCCAAAGAUUUUAGGGAGCAACCUGUACCGGGAGCCAAGAGCGAUACGAAAAGACAGAUUGAGUUGUAAGGAAACUUUUAUUGGUACAGUAAAAGAUUCCCGGGUAUCCAGC